CACCAUUCAUUAUUAACGACCUCUGCUGUUUGAACCAGAAACUCGCCCACUUUUACCCUGGUAAAAUGCUGUAAACAAGAAAUGUUUGUUCCCUUUUUUGUAAAUAUUGACACCUCAAGCAUUGGAAGAUCGGCUCAAGAAUUGUGAAAAUGUGGCUUUGUGGAUCGGUAGAGGCUUCACUUUUUGCGUUUUUGGCUUAUUACUCCAGUUUCAUCUCGGUCAACACCCUUCCCGUCGGAAAGAACAUUACCCUCACCAAACUGUACUCUGUGCGAUUCGAAGACAUAGCGGAUCUAUCAGAGGGGGUUACGGGGGAUUUCGGAAAUCUUGGAAUAAACGCACAAUUGGACCAGGCGUCCCUCGCAGAGAAGGUGACCGAGUUCAGAUUACAUAGGCCUGGGUUCCAGCACGUCCCACACAGCAUAUCCCUAGAAUCGAAUGCGGAACCAGGCUUGUUUCUGAGAUACAAAAACUACAAGUUCCACUUAGAAAAGGCGAAGCCGACUGGACUUUUUGAGAAAGACGCAACAUUUGUUGAGCGCCAACCAGUGGGACCUCACAGCAUCUCUCUCGAGCUUUUCACCCAUCCGGGAUGGUUCCUUUGCCACGAGACAGACGCUCCAUUCGUCUUGAAGGCUACUUCGAAGGUUGUCGGUAGUAAGGAGUUUGACCAGAAAUGCGUAUUUAGACCCGUCGUGCGAACCCCCGGGACUAGACUGACAACAAAGACAAUCAUCACGCCAAAGCCAUUAACAGAUGAGAGACAGAAAGAACUCAAGGCAGCUGAGGCCGCGAAACUACUGGACAGUUUAGUUGCUAAGGAAUCAGCCGGCGAAAUUAUGGCCGCGAAACCAACUGCCAGUACGCCGGCAGCGACGAAAGCAAACGAUAAAACUAAUGGCAUAACUUCAACUGCCAGUACGCCGGCAGCGACGAAAGCAAAUGAUAAAACUAAUGACAUAACUUUAAAACCAGCUGUAAAAAAGAUAAGCGGACAAAUAAUAAGUUAUCGUGGAUCUGGGGCCGUGAAUCCGCGACUUUUGCAAUAUCACACGGGAAAUCAGGCCGUUCCUCGAGGGGGAGCAAGGCUCUUGUCCCCGCAGCGGUAUCAGAGACCUUACGGGUAUGGAUUAGCGGGCGCUAAGGGGCCUGUCAUCAAACCUUACGGGCCUGCGUAUGGUCCUCGAACAACCAGUACUGGGAGAUUAUACUUGGGUCAGCAGCAAUACAAACAAAACAUGCGCGGCGCUAAUGCAAAAUAUGUGCAGGCGUAUAAUCAAAAGCCUGCUAAUCAAUACAACGUAAGGGGGGGUGGCUGGGGGAGAAUGAGUGCGACGAACUAUGCCAGAAAGGGUAAUUACCGUCAAGCGAUAUAUCCACAGGGUUUCUUAGCGCAGACUCUUAAUCAGUUGAGCUCGGCGUCAACUAUGAGAACUGCUAAGCCAUACGUACAGAGACCGAAACCUGUACCUUACAGACCUCCUAUCAAUAGAGCUUACAGCGCGCCCGCACGUACGACUUUGGCUGCCAAGCAACAGACGCCACCAUCUCAGCAAGUUAAAGGUAGUAGUAGUGUAGCGAUCACGAGUGGCUUAGGCUCGGGCGUGGCGCUGUCGUAUCAUCAUCCGAAGGAACCGAAGCCAGUGGACCCGAAGUUGGCAACGGUCGACAAAGGAGAUAAGUGUAUCGGUCUGAAAUUCUUUAACAAGUUACGCAGACCAGUGAAGAUCAUAUCCAGUAUGAAGAUGGCUGGCUAUUUGGUGACGGCCGAGACCUUCAAGUUGAAAACUAUCUUCAAGCACUCGCGGAGAAAUAGAAAGGUCAUAUUCUACGCACAGGAUCUGGACGACAAGGAGGAAGUACUACUAAACAAUAAUAACGUGGUGACGGUGAUUCCCGGCCCGUGUGAUAUGCCGUACAGACAGCUGUAUAUUACCAGGCCUGGCCAGUUCACCAAUCAAGCCAUUGAAGAUCUACUUAAGCAGGGCCCAGCAUCCACCAGGAGUGUGGUCCAGUCGAGUCCAACUGGCGGCUUCGGGCAGUGGUCAGCGUUCGGUCCGUGUAGCACGAGUUGUGGAAGUGGCUUCCAGACAAGAUCGCGCUCGUGCUUACCCAGCAGAGCGUGCCUGGGUCCGACAGUAGAGACGAGAGCGUGUAUCCAGCCCCCUUGUACAAAGCCUCAGUGUGUGCAGACAUAUGGCGGGAACUCAAACGUGGGCAAGUGUUGCUCGCUGCCGUUCAUCUUCCGUGACACAGUGUACGACAAGUGCAUCAAACACACCCACACGGGUAACAUGUGGUGUGCGACCACGCCCAAUUACGACCAGGACAGGACAUGGGGGUUCUGCAAGCAAACAGAAAGACGAAGUAAUACAAUGUACCGACCUCCGGGCUACCUGCCCGCCCCAGUCCCUCACGUGGACUUGCCCAGUCUUCCUUCUGGCUGUGACCCCUCAUGCUACAACAUGUGCAUUCCCGGAUGUCACGUGACAUGUUGUAGUGCGCAUGCGCUUGCAUUCCCUUCAAUAUGACUAACGCUUAGUCAACAAUGUCCAACUACAUACGACUCACAACAGUCAGACGAUGUACGACGUCGAUCAAUUAGACCCUACGACCUCAUGACAAUCAGACGAUAUACGACAUACGACUCACGACAAUCGAUGAACGACGAUAUCAAUCAGACGAUGUUCGAAGUAACGCAAGUUUAUUGACUGCAGAUGACAGGAGAUAGCCGACAAUGUUAUACUUUAUCUCCGACCAAGAAUUUUUAAACGGGAAACUGGGGGCUGGACCGCUUGCACGAAAUCCCAAUAAGACAAUUUAUGAUGUCAAGACGCGAUAGUUCGAAGGGGAGGGUGGGAAAUAGGCUCGUAAGACCGCUGGUCUCAUAUCACUGUGACAGUCGUAGCACGGUAUGCUGAUUUUUGUAGCUGGCUGAUGGGAUCGAGCAUACCAUAUGACAGUAGCUAUUUUGCUUAGAAAAUGCGGACAUUUGUUAUGCAUUUUCGGGCUUUUAUAUACUAGUGUUUUAAUACCUUCUUUUUAGUUUUCUUUUUUAUAGAAAUAAUGGAUUAUAAUGGAAAUAAAAACAUGACAAUAACAGACUAUCAUAUGAGUCUAGCUAGAGAGCAACUACAACGUUUUGUAAAACAAUUGGACUAUGGCACUUCAUUAAAAGGGGUACCCAGGAUAACGAACA